UGCGGCGCGGAUGCUCCCGUCCUGAGGCGCUGCCCGCGCCCCCCGCCUGAGCCAUGGUGAUCAUGUCGGAGUUCGCCUCGGCGCCCGCGGCCGCGCACGGCCAGCAGCGGCCCCUGCGAGUCGGCUUCUACGACAUCGAGAGGACCCUGGGGAAAGGCAACUUCGCCGUGGUCAAGCUGGCCCGGCACAGGGUGACCAAAACGCAGGUUGCAAUAAAAAUAAUAGACAAAACAAGGUUAGAUCCGAGCAAUCUGGAGAAGAUUUAUAGAGAAGUUCAGAUAAUGAAGCUUUUGAAUCAUCCCCACAUUAUCAAGCUAUAUCAGGUUAUGGAGACAAAGGAUAUGCUGUACAUUGUUACUGAGUUUGCAAAGAAUGGAGAAAUGUUUGAUCACCUGACCUCCAACGGGCACUUGAGCGAGAGCGAAGCACGGAAGAAGUUCUGGCAGAUUCUCUCAGCAGUGGAAUAUUGUCACAGCCACCACAUCGUGCACAGGGAUCUCAAAACAGAGAACCUCCUGCUGGAUGCUAACAUGAAUAUCAAAUUAGCAGACUUUGGCUUUGGAAACUUCUACAAGUCAGGAGAGCCCCUCUCCACUUGGUGUGGAAGCCCACCCUAUGCAGCUCCAGAAGUUUUCGAAGGCAAAGAAUAUGAAGGCCCUCACCUUGAUAUAUGGAGCCUGGGGGUGGUUCUGUACGUCCUUGUCUGCGGUUCUCUGCCUUUUGAUGGACCCAAUUUACCGACUCUGAGGCAAAGAGUGCUGGAGGGGCGGUUCCGCAUCCCGUACUUCAUGUCCGAAGACUGUGAAACACUAAUCCGACGGAUGCUGGUUGUGGACCCAACCAAGCGGAUAACCAUCUCCCAGAUAAAGCAGCACAAAUGGAUGCAGGCUGACCCCUCCCUUCAGCAGCAGCAGUCCCUGUCCUUCUCCAUGCAAAACUACAACUCCAACCUGGGCGACUACAACGAGCAGGUCCUCGGGAUCAUGCAAACCCUUGGCAUCGACAGGCAGAGGACUGUGGAGUCUCUGCAGAACAGCAGCUACAACCAUUUUGCCGCCAUCUAUUACCUGCUCCUGGAGCGCCUCAAGGAGUACCGGAGCAGCCAGGUGUCGGCUCGGCCGGCAGCCGGCCGGCAGCCGCGGCCCAGGAGCUCCGAGAUCACCAACGCUGAGAUGCCUCAGGACAGUCUCACUAGUGAAACCCUGCGAUCAUCUCUGCUUUACCAGCAACCUCAGAGCCUGAUUCAGCCAUCCUUGCAGGCAGAGAUGGACUGUGACAUAAGCAAUCCACUACAGCCUGUGUUCUUCCCUGUGGAUACCAACUUCAACGGGCUCUUCCGGCACCGCUCCAUCUCCCCGAACAGCCUGCUAGAGACCACCAUCAGUGAGGAAGUGAGGCAAGAGAAGGAGCUGGAAGAUGAAAUCAAGGCCUAUGACCACCCCAUCUGCAUCCCUAGCAACACCAGCAGGAGGCACACCCUGGCUGAAGUGACCACCCAUUUCUAUCAGCACGUCCCUCCAUGUAUAGUCAUUUCCUCCUCUGCCAGCCCCACAGAGGGGACUAGCUCAGACAGCUGCCUUACUUCAUCUUCAAAUGACAGCUCAGUGGCCCUGAGCAGCUGUUUGGCAGGUCAAGUAAUGACGGGGAGCCCGGCCACAGCGAGGAUGACGUCGCCUUUCCUCGCUUCCCAGUCUGACGCUCCCGUGUUACAAGCCCAGGGCUGCAUGGGAGGUGCUUCUCUCCUGCCUGUCAGCUUCCAAGAAGGAAGGAGAGCAUCUGAUACCUCAUUAACUCAAGGCUUGAAGGCUUUUAGGCAGCAGCUGCGGAAGAACGCUCGAGCCAAGGGGUUUCUCGGCUUGAAUAAAAUCAAAGGCUUUGCUCGGCAGGUGUGUCAGUCCUCCUCCUCUCGGGCAGCAAGGAGUGCCAUGAGCCCUUUCCAGCACACGCAGCCCAACACCUGCAUGUACAGCAGCAGCGGGAGCAGCAGAGAGGGGAGAAGCCUCCUGGAGGAGGUGCUGCAGCAGCAGAGAAUGCUCCAGUUCCAACAUCACCAACUACUCCAAACAGCUUGUCCCCAGACCUCCCAGACGCCUGCGGCGAGCGGCGUCCCCUCCUCUGACGGGCCAGGCACCCGCAAAGCCUCCAACUCCAUCCUGCUGUCAGAGCUGCAGAGACAGAACUCGUUCGAGCUGGCCUUUGCUGGCAGCAGCCAACUGCUCCAACCUCAUUUCUUGGGCGUGAGCGUGUCGCCGGUGUCGUCGGCCGCUCACCUCCUGGACGCUCACCUGUACAUCAGCAGCGGCGGCAGCGUGGCCCCGCUGGCCGCCCCCUUCUCCCCGCAGCAGAGCUUCCCCGCGCCGUCCCCGAGCUACGACGCCGUCACCCUGCAGCACGGGGACUGUGAGAUGGAGGACCUGACUUCCAGCCAGCUGGGCAAGUUUGUGCUGGUCAAGUGAGAGCUCGGGGCCGCUCCUCCAUGCGGGGAGCUUGCAGCGCUGUUCCGUGGCUGGCUGGCGGCGUGGGGACGAGUGACUCUCAGAAGCAAUAAAUUUUGAAGUAUGUGAAGAGGCUGUCUGGCUCAGAAAGCUGGCGACUUUAUAGGACUGAAACAAGCAAUAUGUAUGUCUUUUUGCUUCUACUAUUCUUGCACUGAACAAAUACGAAUAGAAACUGAUUUUUUUUUUUUUUUUUUUUUUUUUUUUUUUUUUAAAGGAUAAAAUAAUGAUGGGGCAGAUGGGUGGGGCAUUUGUGGGGGCAGGGAGGGAUGUGGUUGGGGAAGAACUCUUCGGUACUGUACUGAAGUCAGACCAAUACAGCUCUGCUGUUAUGCAAGAUUAGCAGCUGUCAGUAGUGGUGACACAGCAGGGAGAGGCUUUUCAAAGAAGGGACCAGAGCCUCCCUUUUUUCACAAUAUUCAUUUAUGGGUUUGUGAAGAUGAUUACCUCUUAAAAAAAAAAAAAUAAACAGAAAACCAGUGGCAUGCAGCAUUAUGCAUUCAUAGGAGACAAAAAUGGAAGCAUUGCCAUUUGUUGUUUUUCCUUUUCCCUCCUGUUAACACUCAUUUUAUUUAAAGGAACCAACAUCCCCGUUCCACACCUCCCAGAUAGACAUACUUUAAAUGAAAACUGUGAACUUCUCGCUUGAUACAUCAGCUGGAAAAGCUCAGCAUGCCCUUCUAAUUAGUACAGAAGCAGUGACUAUUGGAAAUGUAUCCCUUGAUAAUCAGGAUCCAAAUUGCAUAAUGCCCGGUCUUUUGCAGGGAUGUUUGUUUGGGAGUCGUGUGUGUGUGUGUGUACAUACACACAGGUGCACACGUGGCUGUGUUUUGUUGGUCUGGGUAAUCUUUAGGAAUCUUUUUAUAAACUCUGAGUUUGUUCAUAUUCUUGCCAAGGCACUGAGGAGGGAAGCAGCAGCACCUGUGGGGUAAUGGGAAGGGUUUUCUUUUUUAAAAAGCCCUCCUGGAGGUUGCCUACAAAGUUGCCUGAGGGGUUUUUCUUAGUGCUGCACAUUGUUAUUUCUGCUGCUAAUUAUGUUUUUAUGCAUUUCAUUAUCAGGGUCCAAACAGAACUGACUCUUGGGGAAAUGUGCAAUAUUGAGGUUAUAAUUACAUACUGACAAAGACAAAAGGAAUAGGCUAGAACAGAAUUCUACUCUAACGGAGUACAGCUUUUUCUGAACAAAACUGUAUUAAAAGUGAGUAAAACAGCACAAUCUUUGGGUGUUUGUUUUUGGUUGGUUUGUUUUUUUGGCAUAUUAGCAAAAUGAGGUUUUGCAUUAGAUAGGUGUUUUUUCGUAUGGUUUUUAAUGCUGUAUAUGUAUAUAAAUAGGAAGCAGAAAACUAUAUAACACUAGUUAUUUUUUAUAUUUUGUAAUAUGCUUCUGUUGUGUUCCUGGUAUAAACCCCGACUCCCUUCCUGAGGCAGAGCAUGACUUCUGUUGGUUAUGCUCAACAGAGGUUAUGCAGAGGUAUAAAGGGGAGGACAGGCUGUGCUCCCACAGACAUGAGCUGGGCAGUGCAUGCAGACUUUGGAAGCAGGUGAGCAGACAGUGGGACAGCUUGGCUGGGAGCUGCCAUCCGAGUGUCAGAGCGUGGCUGCAUUCUGUCUAAACGCUUAAAGGACCCAUCUCCCUAGUGUGACACAGGGUGCCUUCAAGUUACCUUGGCUUCAUGCAACCUGCAGUAUUACACAUUUGCAAAUAAUACAGAAACCUGUUUUGGGAUUUUUUUUGGGGGGGGGGUUCUUUUUUGUUUGGUUUGUUAGUUGUUUGGGGGUUUUUUUUGGUGGUUUUCUUUUUUUCUUUUUAAAAAAGCAAACAACAAAAAAAAAGCCAAAGAUUGACCAGGUUAAUUGGUGGGAGUAGGAAGAGUUGAAGAUAUCCCGUGGCUCUGUCUGUGGCUCUCCAUAAACAACCUCUUUACCUGUGCGUUGCAUCUGUGUGUCUGUAUCGGUGCACCUCCAGCUUGCCACUGCUGCUCCAUGGUCUGGAAAUUUCAAAGUGACAGAAAAUUGCUCGAGCUGAACUCCUGUUAAUGAGCGGUGCCUUGCAGCAGAGAAAACACCAAAGUCUCAUGCUCAUUUGUAGUGUGGGUUUCAAAGAAAACACAAACAGCCCCGCAAAAAACUCAAGCCAAAAAAGAGAUUGCAUGGAGAUGGCUGCAGAGGAGGGCAAGAAGAAGCCAGUUUGUCACAAAGCAGCAACUUGGCCUUCAGUUUUGUAAGGGGUAGCACACGUACUUAAACCACAGAACCUCCUCCUCAAUCUGAGUUUUGUUUAAUGCCAUGGAUCUAAAGGCCACAGAUUCUUUUGUUUCCUGUCCUGAGCAAUGACAAGCACUUUACUUUCAUAGUAUUUUUUUUUUUUUUCUUUUCCAAUUGCUGUAGAACCUCUUUGGAAUUAUUGCUGGAGCAGAAGAGGUCAUUUUAAAAGUCUGGGGGUUUUUUUGUAGAUACCUUGACAGUGCUGUUCUGCAGACUGCAAUGCAAUAGGGUAUUUAAAGACACUACGUGACUGGUUUAAUUGAGAUGUAUAGUUUAUUUUUUAUCAUGACUGAACAAUCAUUUUACUUCUUAUGUUAAAAUGAGAGGUGUACACCAAAAUGAUUAGUUGAUGUGUUUUAUUUAAUAUUUAAAUAAAAAAUGUUUUAAAA